AUGAGCCGCCAAUUCACCUGCAAGGCCGGAGCCGCUGCCAAGGGAGGCUUCAGCGGCUGCUCGGCUGUGCUCUCCGGAGGCAGCACGUCCUCCUACCGGGCAGGAGGCAAAGGGCUCAGUGGGGGCUUUGGAAGUCGGAGCCUUUACAGCCUGGGUGGCGUCCGGAGCAUCUCCUUCAAUGUGGCCAGCGGCAGUGGGAAGAGUGGAGGUUAUGGAUUUGGCCGAGGCCGGGCCAGUGGUUUCGCCGGCAGCAUGUUUGGCAGCGUGGCCCUGGGGCCCAUAUGCCCAACUGUGUGCCCACCUGGAGGCAUCCACCAGGUCACUGUCAACGAGAGCCUCCUGGCCCCCCUCAACGUGGAGCUGGACCCCGAGAUCCAGAAAGUGCGUGCCCAGGAGCGGGAGCAGAUCAAGGCUCUGAACAACAAGUUCGCCUCCUUCAUUGACAAGGUGAGGUUCCUGGAGCAGCAGAACCAGGUGCUGGAGACCAAGUGGGAGCUGCUGCAGCAGCUGGACCUGAACAACUGUAAGAACAACCUGGAGCCCAUCCUCGAGGGCUACAUCAGCAACCUGCGCAAGCAGCUGGAGACACUCUCCGGGGACAGGGUGAGGCUGGACUCGGAGCUGAGGAGUGUACGGGACGUGGUGGAGGACUACAAGAAGAGGUAUGAGGAAGAAAUCAACAGGCGGACAGCGGCAGAGAAUGAGUUUGUGCUGCUCAAGAAGGAUGUGGAUGCGGCUUAUGCCAAUAAGGUGGAGUUGCAGGCCAAGGUGGACUCCAUGGACCAGGAGAUCAAGUUCUUCAAGUGUCUCUAUGAAGCUGAGAUCGCUCAGAUCCAGUCCCACAUCAGCGACAUGUCUGUCAUCCUGUCCAUGGAUAACAACCGCGACCUGAACCUGGACAGCAUUAUUGACGAGGUCCGUGCCCAGUAUGAGGACAUUGCCCUGAAGAGCAAGGCUGAGGCUGAGGCCCUGUACCAGACCAAGUUCCAGGAGUUGCAGCUCGCAGCCGGCCGGCAUGGGGACGACCUCAAAAACACCAAGAAUGAGAUCUCAGAGCUCACCCGGCUCAUCCAGAGAAUCCGCUCAGAGAUUGAGAACGUGAAGAAGCAGGCUUCCAACCUGGAGACUGCCAUCGCUGAUGCUGAACAGAGGGGUGACAAUGCUCUGAAGGAUGCCAGGGCCAAGCUGGACGAGCUGGAGGCCGCCCUGCACCAGUCCAAGGAGGAGCUGGCCAGGAUGAUGCGCGAGUACCAGGAACUCAUGAGCCUGAAGCUGGCCCUGGACAUGGAGAUCGCCACCUACCGCAAGCUGCUGGAGAGUGAGGAGUGCAGAAUGUCAGGAGAAUUUCCCUCCCCUGUCAGCAUCUCCAUCAUCAGCAGCACCAGCGGCAGCGGCGGCUAUGGCUUCCGGCCCAGCUCGGUCAGCGGAGGCUACGUGGCCAACAGCGGCAGCUGCAUCUCUGGAGUGUGCAGUGUCCGCGGCGGGGAAAGCCGGAGCCGGAGCACCACCACCGACUACAAGGAUGCCCUGGGGAAGGGCUCCAGCCUGAGUGCCCCCUCCAAGAAAGCCAGUCGGUAG